UUGACUCUGUGCCUGUGUGCGCAUGCGUGCGUGUUUGCGUCACACACCGGACGUUCAACACAAGCCAGUUGCAUUCCGCUAACUUCAGAAAUUUUAAUUUCGUCCAUUAUUAUAUUAAUAUAAAAACGUAGGUACCAGAUGUCAGCAUUACCAAUAAAAGUUAACAUAAGAUGAGUAAUUUAGAUUGUACAUCCCAGACGCGAAAGCGACAGGCUUCGCUGGGAAAGGAAGUGUGUGCAACACAAAUGAUUCCGCCAUUGUGCAGCGCAACAAGUCUUUCCGUGCAGGAGACAAGGCGACGGCGAGAAGUGGAAGCUGGAAAGGAAACAUGCCUCGCCGGUGGGUGAUGGACACCUGACAAAUGUCCAUGGUUUCAGUGGUGGCAAUGGCGAGCGGCGCUGAGAUAUCAGAUGUCAAAGGAAGGCCAGGCCAGGACCUGCCUGAGGACCAUACCAUGGCGUCCACUUGGGUGGGAAUGUCAGACUUGUCGGAUGAGAUCCUGCUCUGCAUCCUCCGCCACGUUCCCGUGUGCGACCUGCUGACCAAUGUGGCGCCUGCCUGCCAGAGGCUGCAGACGCUGUGCAGGGACAAGACCCUGCUUGCACACGUCAGCCUGUCCGAGGAGUAUACGAUGGACGACCACACAGUCCGCCACACAUUGAUGCAGCUGGCCAAUCACGUGCAGUCUCUCAGUCUCAAUGGCGUGUACUGGCUAAGCGGUUCCAUCAUGGAUACAGUAGCCCGCUGCAAGGCGGUUACGCACCUUGACGUCACCGGGUGCCGCCUCACCUCCCUGCGUCUCUCCCGCCUCCUGUCCUCGCUUACGCUUCUCCGAUCGCUCGCUUUCGACGUGCAGUCGGGUUUUGACGCCAGCAAGCUCAGCUCCGAGGCCGUGGACCGACUCAGCUGUCUGUCAGAGCUGCGGCAGACGCUGCUGACGCCCAGUUAUGGCGUGGUGCCGUGCUGCGCCCAACUACGCAAGCUAAUGCUGCAGUUUGACAUCUCUGACGUCACCAGGGAGGGUUUCGGCAUCAGCUGCCACCUGAUGGUGGGUCAGAGCAGCGUGCCGCAUUAUGAGCAGUUGGAGGAGUUCACUGCCAGACUGGCUCCUGGAGAGGUGAACCAGACCUUGCUCCUGCUCUACCUAGCGGUCUUCAGCGUUCACGUCCCGGAGCGUCUCAGAAUCUUCCUGGUGUCUAUCCCUGGACCCAACCCGGCUCACUGGCCCGCUGCCCCGUCACUGGCACAGAGUCUGGGUUGUCGCGGCGACCUGGAGGCCCUGCAGCUCCCCCGCUCCUGGCUGGACCCCUUCUCCUUAAAGCACGCCCUGGAGGGCAACAGUCCCAAGCACCUGAGUUUCAGCCGCUGCCCCGCCUUGUGGCCGCAAGUGUUCCAGUCCCUGCUGGAGGGCGGCGUCCGAGACGCGUCGCGGCUGCUCAGCCUCAACCUCAGCGGGAUCAACAAUGUUCCGUAUUCGGAGUGCCGGGGCGUGGAGGACCAGCUGCUUCCUGCCACGAUGGGGCGGCUGGCGUCUAGCUGCUCUAACCUGCAACACUUAAACCUGAUGCACACGCACUACCACCACGAGCACACACCUGGAAUGGCGCCUCAGAUACACCUGUGCGCCAGCCUGGCUCAACUGAAGCACCUGCGCUCGCUCACUUUGCCGGCAUGCGCCUUGUCGGAUGGCGUGAAGGCGCAUCACAGCACCGCACCGAACUCCUCUCCAUCUUUUCCGCUGCGCGGCUUGAAGAAGCUUCCACGCGUGGGCGUCCAGAACUACAAAGCCGACUCUGAGCCGAGUCUCUUAAAAGACAGCACCUCGGGACUCGCUCAGCUCUCAGCCGGCUGCCUCUUUUUGGAAACUUUCGAGCUCAUCGGUCCUGGUUUCGUCUCGGCUCUUCCACGGCUGGAGCCUUGCACCCGUGCCAGCGUGGAGCCGCGUGGCAUGUGCGCGUGGGCCCGGGGGAUCGGCGACCACCACUUGGCAGCGCUAGGAGGUUUGCCUCGUUUGAGACGGCUGACUCUGGCUGGGCUUCCUGGCGUCCUGGCGGGUACGGGCCUGGUACGGCUUGCCUUGCAGUGCAAGGACCUGCAGGUGCUGUCGCUCGCCAACAUCGGCUCGCUUAAGAUCAUGAACUACAAUUCCGCCCUGCUGGAUGUGCUCCGGCAGUGCUCACAGCUACGAGAACUCAGGUUAGAGCAGCCAUACUUGAACGCCAACUCAUCCUUCUUCGACGCCCUCUCCUGCUGCUCCUGCCUGCAACGGUUCUGCCUCAUCUCUCGUAACGGCUCCUUUGAGUCGCCGGCCGCCGAGGCGUUCAUGGAGCGCUGCGUCCACGUGGUCAUGUGCCACAUGUUCACGGGUGGCACUUUGGUGGCGUGUCGCAAUCUGCGGAAAUCUCUCCAUGAUAGGUUUUCCUCAGCGCGCCCUGGUUUGUCAGUGGUCAUUUACCCAAUUCAGCAUGAAGACCUGCCUUCUGUCAUCAGAGAUAUCCCACUGACGCUGCUGGAUCGCACCACUUUGUUCCAGAGUCAUGUGGCCCAGCCGCCACGUUUAUCACCAUGGUGACAUCAACAGAAUACCUCUGUGUGAUUGGUGCUGCUGAAACUUGUUUACAGUCCAAAAGGCUGAUGGGGUUGUUUACCUUCAGAUUGCUUUCAAGCUUCGGUUCACCUGGUUUCAGUUAGGUCAAAGGUUGUAGUGGAGUUCAAGUACUGUGCUUCAAAAACCACCGUUUCAAUUUUUGGGGCGGGGUCAAAAAUAAUUUUGUGACUCAUAAGUGCCAAAUGAAAGUACAUAUUUGUUUAAAACAUUAGAUGUACAGUUCCAAUAAAUGAUUUUUUUUACACA